AUGGCGCAAAGAAAUCAUCAAAUGAUAGCCAUAAUACAGGAAUACCUGCCUCAGACACCACUACCCCAUCCUUCGCGUGCAGUCAUGCUUAAGAAGGUGAAGGCAUUGGGACCACAACCCCCUCAAGAGAUUCCGCUGAUGUUUAUUCCCAAGUGUUUACUGUUUGGCAAAUGUGUCACAAAUGUCGGGUCCAUUGACUUCGACGAAAAUGGCAUUCACUUCAAUGCUGUGCAAAACGCUUACGACAGCAAAAUCAUCCCAAAUAUAUUUCUGUCGUAUAACGAGAUGCAGUGUCUGUACGCGUGUGUCAAUCCCUCACUGCCUAUGCUUUGCAUUAAACCCAACAGAAAUGAUGCUUUCGUUGUGGACGGGAAGUGGUGUUUAAUCACAGACUUAAUCCAUAACUGGAAUUUUAAAGUCAAUUCAAAAGAUCCGAACAAACAUCAAACUAAUUGCGCGAUUAAUUCAAUGCCGGGCUUUGAUUGCAAUCGUUUCCCCGAUCUGUCAGUCGUUGAGUCCCUGUCUUUGGCCCACAGUUUAAAGUGUGGUAUUUGUCUACAAGUGUUGGACAAAGCGGUGGACACCAGAUGUGGACAUACCUUCUGUCACGAGUGUCUCAAUCAAUGGCUCUCAAGACCGCAGACCACCAAAGAGUGUCCCGAAUGUCGACAAUCGUUGGCCACAAGAAAGCGUUCCAGAAGUCAGUCGACGGAUGGAAAUGAGGUCAUAAUCGGAGGCAAUGUUUUGGUGAACAAAAAUCGACGCAUAAAUGAAAUGAUAGAGAAAUUGAAGAUCAGAUGUGAUUACGAGUGGAACGGAUGUCCAGAAGUGUGUCCAUUGGAGUCGUUGUCCACUCAUCUCAAGACAUGUCAACACAAAUUGUGUCAAACAUGUGGUCUAUGUGUGGGUCUCGUAAGGGAUGACCACAACUGUAUCGAAGGCUUGAAGAGAGACCGAAAUGAAUGGACACAAAGAGCCAAAGAAUUGGAGAUAAGAUUAAAGGAAUCCAAUGAAAAGACAUUGAAUUUGGAGAAGAAAUAUAAUUCACAACAAAAUGAAUGGCAAAUGAAAUGCAAUGAAUGGAUAGAAAAAGUGAAACAAUUUGAGACAAAAACUAAAGAAAUGAACCAAAAAGUCAAAGAAUUGGAGACAAAACUACAGGAAUCUGAAGAAAAAGCACUGAAUUUGGAGUCGAAAUGCAAACAAAUGGAUGGUUUGCACAAAGACUUGAUUCACAAAUACCAUGAUUUGGAGAUAUCAGUGAACACAUCAACAGUUGUAGCAAAACAAGUGAUUCCUUUGGCUAUUCGAGCCAAAGAAGUAUUGAGUGAAACAUUUGUUUCGCAAUUGUGUGAUAAAUGUGUGGAUAAUAACAAUUUCGAAUUCAAGACAAUUGGUCCCAAUUGCGGAGAACUGAUGAUAAGACAGGCCAUCAAUUGA